UAUGACCGGCGAAGCGGCAGACGAAGGUUGCAUUCAAUGGCGGCUUCCACAGCGGGAUCCUCGCUGCCCCUCCGAUCGCGAAUCCCCUCCUGCAAAUCCUCCUGGCCCGACCACCGGCCGAGCGGCGCGGCGGCCCUCGCCGCUCGCGGCGGCCGCGGUCGCCCGGGGCGGCGCGCCGCGUCGCUGUCGAUGGCGUCCCCGAGGGAGGAGAGCAGCAGGGCCGGGGCGAGGAGCGACGUGUUGUCUCAGGCGCUCGUGCUGAACAGAGCCCUCGAGGGCUCGAGCGGCGGCGAGAAUGGCCACAAGGACGCGCACUUGUUGCCCAGGCCUUUGUCUUCGGUGCAGAGCUCCAACCCCAACUCCGGCGGAUCUCGCCUGCGGGUUGCUUACCAGGGAGUUCGCGGCGCGUACAGCGAGUCUGCGGCGGAGAAGGCUUAUCCGAAGUGCGAAGCAGUGCCGUGCGAACAAUUCGACACCGCUUUCCAGGCUGUUGAAAAAUGGCUAGUGGACAGAGCAGUUCUUCCAAUCGAGAAUUCUUUAGGUGGAAGCAUUCACCGAAAUUAUGACCUGUUAAUCCGGCACAGGUUGCAUAUAGUCGGGGAAGUGAAGCUUGCAGUAAAGCACUGCUUAUUAGCGAAUCAUGGUGUUGAAAUUGGAGAUUUGACUCGGGUUCUUAGCCAUCCACAGGCUCUUGCACAGUGUGAGCACACGCUGACGAAGAUGGGCCUAGUCAGAGAAGAAGUGGAUGAUACUGCUGGUGCUGCAAAGCAUAUUGCUUUCCACAAUGUAAAAGAUGCAGGGGCCGUUGCUAGUGCUACUGCAGCCAAAAUCUAUGACUUGAAUAUACUUGCUAAAGACAUUCAGGAUGAUUCUGAUAAUGUUACUCGAUUCCUUAUGCUGGCGAGGGAGCCCAUUAUUCCUGGCACCGAUAGGCCCUUCAAGACAAGUAUAGUUUUCUCACUGGAGGAGGGUCCUGGAGUCCUUUUUAAGGCACUUGCUGUUUUUGCUCUACGGCAAAUCAACCUUACAAAGAUUGAAAGUCGUCCCUUGAGGAAGCAAACUCUGCGAACACCUGAUGAUACCAGCAAUGGUGCUCCGAAAUACUUCGACUACCACUUCUAUGUUGAUUUUGAAGCGUCCAUGGCUGAUGUAAAUGCACAGAAUGCCUUGAGGCACCUUAAUGAGUUUGCUACAUCCUUGAGAGUUCUGGGGAGCUAUCCAGUUGAUACUAGCAUGAUCUGAGAGGGCCACUACCUUGAUACGGGCUGUUGGAGGCUUUUGCGAGACGCACGAGAAGUGGUUAAACCUUCAUUUGAUCUCGAGGAAUCUUAUUCUGUCUAUGAAUUUGUCAGGACAAAGGCUGCGGUUAUCGUUUUUGUUUAUAAUUUCGUCAAUGUUCUAAUAGGUUAUUAUAUUGAGAGCGAAAAUGUUAAUAGGUCUUUUGUGAUUGUCUGAGCCAAAAUGUUAAUAGGUCUUUUGUGAUUGUCUGACUUUUUUUUUUUUGGUCGAAUGUGAUUGUCUGACUUCGAAA